CUUUGGUGCAUAGAUCCUGUGUGAACUGCUCAGUUUGGAGUCUUUACUAUUCAUUGAAUGCAUACAUCAACCUCUGAGGAAAGAAUUCCUGUAAACACAUCUAUUUUGCUUUAAGUGUUUAAAAAUGUCUGAUAAGAAAAUAAUUAUGAACAGAGCCCAUUAUAUUGAGAAGCUACUCUCUGAAAACAAUUUCCAAGAUAUUGGAAAUCACCUUGCAGAACUUGAAGCUGUUGAUAUGACUAUAGAAUAUCUUCAGGAGACUGAUGUUGCCAAAGCUGUGUACAGAGUCCUCCAGAACUGUCCUGCAAUAAUAUUGAAAAAGAAAGCAAAGCAUUUAUUAUCAAAGUGGAAGACACUUUACAAGAAUAACUAUCUUUCAUCGAUACAAGGUAAAAAGUCAGUUUCUGAGAGUGUGAAAGAGCACAAUGAAUAUUUCAGUGUGGCUCCACAAGAACAAACUGAGUUUUCUGAAGAAUUGAAUCAGCAUGAAAUGUUAGAUGCUGCUGGCUCUAACAGUUUGCUAACAUCACAAAACGUUCCAAAAGAUGAAGUGUAUAAUAAGCCAAAAAGCAGUGUGAAUCAACUGGGUCUUUUAGAAGAACAGUGCACUGAUAAUGAAGACACUAAACCUGCUGGCAGUGAAACAAGCCCACAGCAAGAACAUGUGAAGGCCAUGAGGUUGAAAUGCACAGAACUUAUUUAUAAAGCCUUGACUGAUUCUGCCACAAGCAAAGAGGAAGCCAAUAAGCGGCAAGAAUUAUCCAAAGAAAUUGAAGAGCGUAUUUUUGCUCUUCAUGCUAGAAAUGACAAAAAGUACAAAAAUUGUAUCAGAAGCAAAAUCUCUAACUUGAAGAAUCCUAAAAAUUUCCACUUAAAACAUAACCUAUUUUCAGGGACUAUGAGUCCAAAGACUUUUGCUGAGAUGACAGUGAUGGAAAUGGCCAAUGAUGAACUGAAACAACUCAGGGCUUUGUACACAGAAUCAUCUGUUCAGGAACAUCAGCUUCCCCAAGUUAUUGAUGGCACACAGACCAACAAAAUAAAAUGUAGGCGCUGUGAAAAAUUUGAUUGCAGUGUCACUAUGAUUGCCAGGGGAACUCUCUUCCUUCCUAGUUGGGUGCGAAAUGCAAAUCCAGAUGAACAAAUGAUGACUUAUGUUAUUUGUAACGAAUGUGGAGAGCAGUGGUACCACAGCAGAUGGGUUUGUUUGUGAUUAUUAAUCCUUUAAUGAAUAUCACUUAAAAGUGAAAAACAUAAAAUAGAUAUCAGAAGAAAA